AUGCCCCACGGUGGGCGCCAACUGUUUGAUCGGGAAACGAUAUGGGACACGGCUGGUCAGGAAAGGUUCCAGAGCCUUGGUGUAGCUUUUUAUCGCGGUGCUGAUUGCUGUGUACUUGUCUAUGAUGUCAAUUCCGCUAAAUCAUUUGAGGAUCUCAAUAACUGGAGGGAAGAGUUUCUGAUCCAGGCAAGUCCGUCGGAUCCAGAGAACUUUCCCUUUGUUGUCAUCGGUAAUAAAAUCGAUGUGGAUGGUGGAAACAGUCGGGUGUUAUCAGAGAAGAAAGCUCGAGCUUGGUGUGCUUCAAAAGGAAACAUUCCAUACUAUGAAACCUCUGCCAAAGAUGCAAUGAAGAGUGGCAAAGAGGAAGAAAUGUAAGUUUAUAUAUUUUAUAACAGCUUCUUUUUGCGGUUGAUGUAACAGAGAUUCUGUCUUAAAACUUGUCGUGUUGUUGGUUUGAUGCUUGAUCUUAGGUACCUGUCGGACACAAUCAAUGUGGGAACCAGCAAUACACAGAGGUCAACAGGAUGUGAAUGCUAAGAAGUAAUAAAGAUUGUUUUACCUCUGCUCUCUCACCACCAGUUUAUCGUUGAGGAUCUUUACCAUUCUGUAAAUUUGUUGUUCUGCGGUAAAUUACUAUGAAUAAAAAGUGAAAAAAACUGAAUUGGACUGGUCAGUGUUUGUGGUCGUAUAUUGUGGAUCUCUCUUUUUUCUACAAUCAACUUUUUUUUUCUUUGAACAUUGUUUACCGUUGGUGGUGUCCACGUUAUUAACAUUUGUGAAAUACACAAUUGUUUUUUUUCUUA